CUCGUGGAGCGUCUUUCCGUCUGAACCACAAGGCUAGAGGAUCCCCAUCGCCCCCUGAAAUCCGUUUGAGAUGGCGGCGACGGAGCCCAAGGCAGUGACUGAGGUCGCCAAGAUGGACCUGUUCGAAGACGAUGACGAGUUCGAAGAGUUUGAAAUCAAUGAAGAAUGGGAGGACAAAGAGGAAGGCAAGGAAGUGACACAACAGUGGGAGGAUGACUGGGAUGAUGAUGACGUUAAUGAUGACUUCUCUCUGCAGCUGAGGAGGGAACUGGAAAACAACAUUGAGAAGAAAGAUUAGUCUGCAGGCUCAGUCAUUUGCUCAUCCCUUUCUGUUCUCUGCACCAUAUGAGUUGGUUGAAGUUGAGAUGGGUUUGCUUGAUUUUCUUUUCAAACCAUCAGAUGCCUG